AUUCUCGCUGAGCCUUCCUGCGAAAUAAAUUCACGCGGUCUCGCUGCGGGUUACGUUCAUGAGUUCGAGAAAAGUCCACAGAUGAUCUAUGGUGUCACUGUCUGGGGAGGGACCCGCUCGGAGGCUGAUUGGGUUUUCCAUGCGACUGAUUCCGUUCUCUCUUCAUCCUCAGAUUGGCUUGUUCCUGAUGACGAUUGCAUCCAGAUCAAGACCGAAAGGCCAGAUUCUCCUGCGGAUGAGUUGUCCGCAGCUGACGCUGGUGAAGGAGGCGAGGGCACCCAGAAGCCCACUCUGGAUGCGACCAUGGCCUCAAACGGGAUAUUCUACUGCAACAAGUGUGCUUAUUCCACCCGCAGCACCCAAACACUGAGGUAUCACAUGUACAAGCACCAGCCGCAGGUGAAGAAACCGUUUCAGUGUCCGUUCUGCCCUUUCAACGCGUACAUGAGAUCCCAUCUUGGCAAUCAUCUCCUAAUCCAUACGGGCGAGAGACCGCAGCCAUGCCCGAAAUGCCCUUAUCGGGCCAGAGAAAAGACCGCUUUGAAGAGGCAUCUCCGCGCGAAACACGGCGUGUUCUCGUGAGAGCUCCUGCGGACUCCCCGAAUGAACCCGUGGUAUACUCGUGCAUUAUUUCGACAUGGAAGCGAAGGAAGCAGAGAGACGAUCACAGCUCACCCGUGGUGAACGAGUCGGCUGAGAAGUCGCAGAAGACUGGCGCACGACCAACAUAUCGGCUGGAGCGAAAGAGCUGAAGAAGGGGUCUGAGAUAUCCCUGCGGUAGUGGGCGAUCCUUGAAGACCUUCAGAUAUCACCUUCGGCUGUUCAUCAGACCUACUUACGCCUGGACCCGUCAUAAGGAUUCGAGAGACUGCAUUGGAAUGCAAUCGGUGUUACAGUUCUUCCGAAGCCGAGGAAUGAUCCGAAGUCUUCCCGGCCUCACAAGUCGUUCGCUUUCUCGGCCUUGAAUACGAGCAGAACCCGAAGUUCUCUGUUAUCUAGGGGAGAAAGGUGUCAUCUGAUCCGGAUAUUUGUCGUGUGAGCGGUCGCAGUUAGCGGUCGCUCCACGAAUUUACUUAUCAUGACCGUGCUAGUCAUUUAGCGACCAAAGAUUAGUUCUUUAAUCCGGAUUCCCUCGAAGUUACAAUCAUUUUACAUGAAUGUGAGGAUCGCAUCGAGGUGAGUAUGUGGCAAGACAUUAUUUCUAAUCGCAAGACGGCCAUAUCGUGCUGCUUCGCGGGAUGUGAGCAGCAUGUUCGCUUCAUCUGCCCGGGAUGAGAGUUUUGUAUGUCUGUUGUGCGUGAGGACACAAGGAAUUGCUAGUCAAGAGAAUGAAGCCCGAUUAGCGAGUGGGAAUCACCAAAGGAUUAUUUUUAAGAAAAUGAGAUCUAUCGUUCUGAAGAGUGAAGAAAGUCAUUAAUAUACAAAAAUUAAUAAAUCCAUGUGAAGGUUGGGA